GCCCUCAUACAAAAGUGGUUCGUCGCAUUUUUACCAAUAGCCGGGAGAGGUGGAGACAGCAGAAUGUCAACGGGGCCUUUGCAGAGCUCCGCAAGCUCAUCCCCACUCACCCACCCGACAAAAAACUGAGCAAGAACGAGAUUUUGCGCCUGGCUAUGAAAUACAUCAACUUCCUGGCCAAGCUGCUCAACGACCAGGAGGAAGAAGGAAACCAAAGGGGCAAGGCAAACAAAGACUCUGGAAUAGUCCAGGAAGACCUCCUGCAGGACAUGUUGUCCCCUAACUCUAGCUGUGGAAGUUCUUUAGACGGAGCGGCGAGCCCGGACAGCUUCACGGAGGAGCAGGAGGCCCUGGACUCGAAGCACGCGCGGAGCCUGCACCACGCCAUUCUCCCCGUGGAAGGCAGCGCGCAGCGGUGA